AUGGCGACACUCUACAAUGUUCCGAUUCGAAAAGAGCCCAAGUUCUACAGGGACUACUUCUCUUCGAAAGAGGAUCAACUCAAUGCUUUAAAGAGCUCUUCUACGAUAUAUGUUGGUAAUUUGAAUUUCUCCACCACGGAAGAGCGCAUUUUUGCAGCUUUUAGUUGUUGUGGUCCAAUUGACAAAGUGAUAAUGGGAAUCAAUCGACGCACAUUAGCCCCUUGUGGAUUCUGUUUUGUAAUAUUUUACACUCACGAAGCGGCCCAGAAUGCUGUGGACUUUAUGAGUGGCUUAAAGAUUGACGGAAGGAACAUUCGUGUAGAGAUGGACUGGGGUUAUUCAGAUGGCCGUCAAUAUGGACGUGCGGUGGACGGAGGUCAGAUUCGACACUAUGUAAAGGAUAUUAUAACGAAGGGACAGAAUCUGGACAAAAAGCAAGACAACCAUGGUUAUCGUGAUAACCGGAAGCGAGAUCGUGACGGAGGCUACAAUUCUCGGUAUAACGAUUCUCGAUCGAGAUAUGGAAACGAUUCAGGUUAUGAUUACAAGCGCCAUAAAUCGUACUAG